UUGUACAGGAGCAGCAGUGUGUGUGUCUGCAGGUGUCAACAACAAAAUAUUAACACACGCCCUCAUUAACUAAAACUUAGAUUUGAUCUUUUUUCACAAUUUGACCUAAAAAAGGACCAGAAUGUUAAGACGAAUAUUACAGAUGACUCCUGGGAAAGGAGGCUCUCAGAGCUCGGAGUCUGAGCAGCCGUCUGCUGAUAUGAAUAAUGAGUCCUCAGAGGGCUUUAUUUGUCCUCAGUGUAUGAAAUCCCAUAACUCUGCUGAGGAGCUCUUCAAACAUUAUGAGGUCUUUCAUGAACCAGGAGACCAGCCGUCCCCCUUCAGCCCCGGCAGGGAGGAUCUAACAUUACUUCGGCAGGAAAUCCAAGACUUACAAGCUUCACUGAAGGAGGAACGCUGGUUUUCUGAGGAAUUGAAAAAAGAAUUAGACAAAGUGCAAGGACGACUAGCAACUAAUAAAGGCUCACAGAGCGACGGUACAAGUGGAGAAGAUGCAGAGCUUGAGAUGAGACUUAACAAAUCGGAGACGGAGAAGUUCAACAUCAAACAGAUGAAAGACUUGUUUGAACAAAAAGCUGCUCAGCUUGCGACCGAGAUAGUUGACAUCAAAUCUCGCUACGAUGAGGAGAAAAGUAUGAGAGAAGCUUUGGAGCAGAGACUGGCCAACCUAAAUCAAGAUAUGCAAAAAGAAAAACAGGAGAAGGAGAAACUGUCAGCAGAGCUGCUCCAGAGGCCGGGUGUGGAAGAUGUGGAGGUGUUGAAGAAAGAGCUGGUGCAGGUGCAGACGCUCAUGGACAACAUGACCCGAGAGCGAGAGGAGGAGUCCGAGCGCCUCAAAGGCCAAAAUGAGCAGCUGCAGGCCAACUUCACUACCUCAGAGAAAACGAUUACUCAGUUAAAGGCUGAACUGGAGAAGGGUCCUCAAGAGGCAGCGGUUUACACACAACAGAUCCAUCAAUUACAAAGUAGCCUGAACAACCUCCAGCAGCAGUCCCAGGCUUUGUCUGAGAAAUUAUCUCGUAAGGAGAAGGAGAAUCAGGAACUGGAGGAGCGUCUGGGUCAGGAACAGACCUCUAAGAAGAGUCUUCAGGCUAAUCUGCAUCAGAAAGACCUGGAGCUCCAGGAGAGUCAAGCACGGGUGUCUUCAGGAGAAGCAGCUCUCAGUCGAGCACAGGCUGAAUUGACUGAACGCGGAGAGGAGGCUGCACGACUCAGACGAGAGCUGGGCGAGCUAGAGAAGAAUCAGCAGGAGCUGAAGGCAGAGCGGAAACAACUCCAACAGCAGAGGGAGGACAAAGAAAACCAGGGCCUGCAGCAGCAGAGCGAGAUCAGCCAGCUGCAUGCAAAGCUGCUGGAAGCGGAGCGUCAGGUGGGGGAGCUGCAGGGUCGUCUGAAAGAGCAGAGACAGCUGUCCGGAGAGAAGCUCAAAGACAGAGAACAGCAGGCGGCAGAUCUGCAGCUCAAACUCUCCCGCUUGGAGGAAGAGUUGAAGGAGAGCUCCACCAAGUCCACUGACCUGCAGCAUCAGCUGGACAAAUCCAAACAGCAGCAUCAAGAACUACAAACACUUCAACAGAGCACUAAUGGCAAGCUUAGAGAAGCACAGAAUGACUUGGAGCAGGUGUUGCGUCAGAUCGGGGACAAAGACCAGAAGAUCCAGAAUCUUGAAGCUCUGCUCCAGAAGAGUAAAGAAAGUGUGAGCCAGCUGGAGACCGAGAGAGAGGAUCUGUGUGCCAAGAUCCAGGCUGGAGAAGGAGAAGCUGCUGUGCUGAACCAACUACAAGAGAAAAACCACUCACUGCAAGAACAGAUCACGCAGCUUACAGACAAGCUUAAGAACCAGUCGGAGAGUCACAAGCAGGCUCAGGACAACCUUCAUGAGCAGGUGCAGGAACAGAAGACACACCUGCGUUCAGCUCAAGACCGCUGUCAGGGUCUGGAGACCACCGUCACUGAACUCAACACACAGCUUACAGAGAGCAGAGAGAAGAUCGCUCAGCUAGACACACAGUUGAAAGCCAAGACUGAGAUGCUGUUGUCUGCUGAAGCAGCAAAAAAUGCCCAGAGAGCUGACUUGGAGAGCCACCUAGAGACUGCUCAGAAUGCAUUGCAGGACAAGCAGCAAGAGCUCAGUAAAGUGCAGGCUCAGCUGGAGGAGCAGGCCCGCAGGCUGACGGAGAAGCAGGAGCAGUGCUCUCAGCUGGAGAAUGGCCUGAAGGACAGCAGAGACAAACUGAUGACUGCAGAACAGAGGAUAGAGACGCUCCAGACCCAGACCAAGAAAGCCGAGGUUGAGUUGACUGAACUCCGCUCCGGAAGAGAACAGGCUCAGAAAGAGCAGUCGACGCUUAAGAAGCAGAUCAGUGAGCUGGAGAUGAAGACCAAAGAGCUGAACAGACUUUUAGAUUCUGAGAAACAAGGAGCUUCCACCCAGCAAGAGGAGCUGAAGAAGAAAAGCUCAGCUCUCACCGAAACAAGACAAAAGCUGGAGAAAGCAGAACAGGAGCGUGGAGCCCUGCAGGCCAGCCUGGAUAAACUGUCUCAGGAGGGUCAGAAGCAGCAGGCAGAGCUGGACAUGAAGGUGCAGGGUCUGAGUUCAGAUCUCCAGAAAACUCAGGGGGAGAAAGAAACUCUGGUAAAAGAAGUGGCAACAGUGAAAGAGGCUCUGAGCAAAGCUUCCAAAGCCCUGAAGGAGAGCCAGACUCAAUUAGACAAGGAGAAGAAGGGCAGCAAGGCCACUUUGGAGGAGAAGGAAAAGGUUUUUCAAAAAGUACAGCAAGAGCUUCAGAAGAACUCAGAGACCACUUCUAAAGAGCUCAGCAAUGUCAAAGGUCUGCUGGAGAAAUCAAUAGAGGCAGAAAAGAGCCUUCAAUCUCAGCUCACUGCACUGAACGCUCAACUGAAGCAGUGUCAGGAUACACUGAAGGAGAAAGAAAAGAGUGAACAGCAGCUGCAGGCAGAGCUGAAGACGACGCAAGGCUCCUUCAGUCAGGAAGUGAAGAAACUGAAGGGACAGGUGUCUGAGCUGCAGGCUUCCCUUGCUAAAAAGAUCGAAGAGGAAGCCAAGCUAAAGGAGCAAAUCACAGCACUGUCAAAAGAUCUGAGCUCAGAGAAGAAUCGCUGUGCAGAGCUGCAGAAAACAAGCGACGGCACCAAAGAGAGUCUCGCUGCCCUUCAGUCUGAUUACUACGGCAAAGAGUCCGAGCUCUCUGCUGUACGCCAGGAUCUCAAGGUCUGCGAGGAGAAGCUGGUUCUAGCUCAGGAGGAGCUGGUGACCUACAGGAACCAGCUCACGGCUCACGAAACCCAGAUCCAGGAGCUGAAGACGGGCCACACAGCGAUGGAGAAAGAUCUGAGCAAGAGAAACGAGAAGAUCAAACAGCAAGUGGAGGCUCUGCAGAAGCUCCAGAAACAACAGGGACAAGCAGAGGAGCAGCUGAAGAAGGAGAAAGCUCAAUGCGAGGAGCUGAGAGAGAGUCAAAGUGCUCUGGAGAAGGACAAAAACAAACUGUCUGCUGAUCUCAAAACACUAGCUGAGAAGAACGAGAAGGAGCUGAAGGACUUGCAGGCAGCGAAGCAGUUGUUGAUCCAGCAAAAGGUGGAGAUGCAGGGGAAGGUGGAGGCGGCUCAAGCGUCUGUAGAGAAAGAACAGAGAGAGCAUCAGAAGACCAGAGACUCCAUCAAACAAAAUGAGCAGCAGCUUAAAGCUGAGACCAACAAAAUAAAGCAGCAGCUGGCAUCAGAAGUGAAGGCUAAAGAGGAGGUGGUGCGGCAGAGGGAAGAAGCUGAGGUGAAGAUGUCCAUGCAGGUAACCGCGCUGAAUGAGAACGUGGCCACGCUGAAGCGAGAGUGGCAGAGCAGCCAGAGGCGGGUGGGUGAGCUGGAGAAACAGACGGAUGAGCUAAGAGGAGAGAUCGCCGUGCUGGAAGCCACAGUCCAGAACAACCAGGACGAGAGACGGGCACUACUUGAGAGGUGCGUUCAGGGUGAAGGGGAGAUGGAGAAGCUUCAGGCUAAGAUGCUGGAGAUGCGCAGGAAGUUGGAUGACACUACCGCUGCCAUGCAGGAGCUUGGUCGAGAAAACCAGUCAUUACAGAUAAAACAGUCACAGUCCCUCACACGGAAGUGGACAGAAGACCAUGAGGUGCAGAACUGCAUGGCUUGUGGGAAAGGCUUCUCCGUCACUGUCAGAAAGCACCACUGCAGACACUGCGGGAACAUCUUCUGUGCUGAGUGCUCUGCCCGCAACGCCCUCACACCCUCCUCCAAGAAGCCCGUCCGAGUGUGUGACAACUGCUUUGACGAGCUCCAGGGCUGAUCGACCCCCUCUCCUGCCCGAAACCCCUCUGCAAGUCCUGCUCACCCUGACCUCUCCACAGCAAACACAGGAGCUGCAUGUCACGGUGGGCACAUCAUGCUGCCAGUCAGAUGGAGGUAACACUAAAUUAAACCUGUCCUCCUCUGUCCAGUGCCUUUGCCACUUACGGGCCGCUUUCAGACCCUGAUGGGUGAAAAAUGAAGGGUCCGCUUGAACAAAAAUAAAGGAGCAGUUCCUGAGUUUUGACUCAAAUGUUUAAGGUUUUACACUGACGAGAUAUUUUAAAGCGUGCAGAGGAGAACGGAAGCUGCUCUUUAUUUGAUAUAUCAUAUUUGUAAGUAGUUGUACAGACUAAAAGAGGCACAUGUGAAUAAUUGCGAUAUAAUUGUCACUCUAUUUGUCACUCAGUGUGGGCAUGUUAACAUACGGUUCGUGGGGUGUGAUGUACAUGCUUGCUUUUUUGCUGCUCUUCUGUCUGUGGAGAUGUUUAUUUCGCCUUUAUAAUCUCACCAGAAGUUGGUGAUCGUUUUAAAGAUUUGCGCACACAGAAACGUGUCUAUUUUUUGGUUUUCUUUUUAUCACGUGUUGGAUGUAUGUGCUCUGCUUUUAAGCAAUAACUGUGCGUCGGGUGUGAUUUUGUUUUGUGUGCUAGCGCUAUUGAAAAUGAAUGACAGACCGCUGAUUGUGUUUCUAAUGUCAGCUGCUACAGAACGUUCAUCGUCAGCCUGAGUUGAUUCUCUCUCUUUCAUGGCAUCAAAUAGGCUUGUCCUAAUCCUAACCCUAACUCUUUAGGUUUAAAGGAAUGGUUUACUUAAAAAAAUGAAUAGUGUUAAUUCUGUCAUUAUUUACUUGCCCUCAUGUUGUUCCAAACCUGUUUCUUUCAUCUGUGGAACUUAAUAAUAAGAAUAUAUAAGAAGAAGGAAAUAAGAAGAUAUUUUGAAGAAUGUUGGUAAACAAACAUUUUAGUUCCUAUUGAUGUCUAUUGUGUAUCAUGCAUAUUAUUGAAGUUAAUGGGAACUGACUUAUUUUUAUUAGCUAUAAAUAUCUAUUAUCUAUUAAAAGUCUAUUUUUAUGUAAAAAGAACAUUUAGAAAAAUGUUGAUGAACAAACAGUGUACUGUAUGUUCUAUUUAGUAGAUUUUUGUGGUAAAGAAUCAAUGGAAGGAAAUAGUCAAUGCAAACAAAACCAUUUUUACAAAGUUUUUUUUUCUUGCACAACAUGAAGAUUUUUUUUUAAAUGUUAGUAACCAAACUCUUGUGUUUUGUUGUGGUUUUCCACAUUAUUAUUUAGAAUGUUUUAGUUUACUAACAUUUUUCAAAAAUAAUUCUUUUAUUUCUGUUUCUCUUUCUUUUUUGUUACUUGUAGAACAUGUUUUGAAGAGCGUUAAUGACUUUGUUGACCUCUUUUUUUUCUCAUUCAAUGCAAGAGAAAAAUACUUUUGAUAUCUUUCUUAUUGACUUCUACAAACUAAUCUGUUUUUCUACAAAUUUCUACAAACCUUAUUAUCUUAUUUCUGCCCCUUGCACUACACAGAUAAUGUUUUUAAGUGUGUAAUUGAUCAGUCACCUUGCUCUUUGACUUCCAUUGUAUUUUUUAUUAAUUAACAAUUUUCAAAAAUAUCUUCAUUUCUUUGUUUGUUUUCCAGAACACAAAAGAAAAUAUUUUGAAGAAUGCUGAUGACAGUUUUUUGCUUUUCUUUAACUUCCAUUGCAUUUUUGCAAAUAAAGCUGAAGUGAUUCCCCCCCCUUUUUUUUUUGUAACCAAUGCUUCAAAACAUCUUUUCAUGCCAAACCAAAAACAUUUUGAAUCAUUUUAAAGGAUGUUAAAUAACUAAAAUAACAAUUUAAACAAACCUUGACAUUUUUAAAAAAUUGAAAACAAAAUAAUAUAUUUUGAAGAAUGUUACAAACGGUAACAUUGACUUAAAAACAUUGAAAAUUAACAUUCAACAUUCAAUUAACAUUGAAAAAAAGCUAAGUCUACUGUAUGGAAUGGUUACAGGUUUCCAACAUUUUUUUAAAAAUAACUUUUGUGUUCAUCAUUAAAAAAAACAAAAAAAAACUUGUUAACAGUGAAGCGUCUGAAAUGUUUUGUGUAAACUGUUCCUUUAAUGACCAAACAGUUUCCAUUUUCAUUGAUUUUUAUAGUUAUUUUAGUUUUUAUUGAUUUUUAUUGGUUAUGAAUUAUAUCUAUAAUUUUUGUUUUAUAUUAUAGCACAUUUGUUUCCUUUGCAGAACACUAAAUGAUACAACUUUCCUUGUGUUUGAAUCCAUACAGUGAAACUCAAUAAGGUUCAAAAUAAAUUUGAACCCCGUUUACUUCCAUCAUGUGAACACAAACUAAUUAUUUUCAGAACAUCUUCCUUUCGUAGAGCUCCAAAACAACAUGAGGGUCAGUAAAUGACACAAUUUUCUUUGUUGAUCUAUAUCUUUAGCAGAAGCUGAGCAUGUUGUGAGAUUGUCUGAGCACCAUUGUAAGAUGAAUGAAACACAACUCACUGCUGUACAGUACGCUUCACUGUAUCUGUGUCCAAUAGAUGCUUUCACUCAGUUUAAUAGAUCACACAUCGACCCGCUGUUUGUGUGAUUCAGAGGUAAUGAUUUCAUCAGGUUUGUGUCAGUAGAUGCAUUCAGGAGCAUAAACGCAAUGGUAAAGUGUCUCAGGAUGUUUUGCGCUUUUCACCAGCUCAGUCAAGUGAGGUGACUUUAAAAAAAAUGUAAUAUUAUAUGAAUAAUAUCCCUUUAAUUUUGUGUGCUGCCAUCGAAGAUAAUAUCAUAGAUGCCACUCUGUGCCAUAUACGACCUCCAUCUGACAUCACUUUGUUUUCUCUUACCAUUAAAGGAAUACUACACCUUUUUUUGAAAAUAAGCUCAUUUUACAAGUCAUGUAGAGAUAAAUAGUUGAGUUUUACCAUUUUUGAAUUCACUCAGUCGAUCUCUAGGUCUUGCAGGAGCACGCUUAGCUUAGCAUAAAUCAUUGAAUUGGAUUAGACCGUUAGCAUCUCGCUAAAACGCUCGAAAAAGAAUUUUAAUAAUUUUCCUAUUUCAAGCUUGACUCUUCUGUAGUUACAUAGUCUACGAAGACACAGAAAAUUAAAAGUUAUUAUUUUCUAGGCCGAAAUAGCAAGGAACUAUACUCUCCUUCGAGUAUAAUUAUUAAAGAACUUGCUAAUGUACCAUGGCUGCAUUGAGUGCAAUGAUAUUAUGUAGCGCUGUUACCUAGCUACCUAUCUGAGGACUGUUUUCAGGCACUGCAUAAUAUUAUUGCGCCUGCUGCAGCCAUGGUAUGGCAGAGUUGUUUAACUAUUACGCCAUUGUAGUUUCUAUCCAUGUCAGGCUAGAAACUAACAACUUUUCACUUUCUUUCAGUCGUAAUACACAAAUAUGACCACAGAAGAGUCAAGCUUUAAAUAGGAAAAUUAUCCACUCUCUUUGAUAAUUUUUGAUACGCUAAUGGUCUAAUCUGGUUCAAUGAUUUAUGCUAAGCUAAGCUAAAAGGGCUCCCAUCAGACUCGGAGGUUGGCUAAAUGGAUUAAAAAUGGUAAAACUCAAAUGUUUAACUCUAGGUGAAUGAUAAAUCGAGCCUAUUUCCUAAAUAAAAAGUGGAGUGUUCCUUUAACAGUGCUGUAAAGCUCAUGUGUGGUCGCAAAUGCAAAGUACAUCACUUUUUCUGAUCAGCACUACACACUAGCAGUGUCUGUUAUAUGGAUGUCAUGCAGUAUUAUUGUUCUUAUUAAUCCAUUGGCUGAACGGCAGGGUGUUCAUAGUCAUGUUGUGCUCAUGUUGGUGUGUGCCUUACAUCCAGCUUUAUUUCUGUCAUCUUCUGUGCAUUUGUGAAGCAGGAGACCUGUUCAUUCCUUUUGGCAGGUCUCUAGAGCAUCAGACGUGGAUGAAGAAUCACAAUCAGAAUAUAAUAAAGGUGUAAAACAGCAGAUGACAAAGGUGAUUUGUUUGAUGGUAAACUACUUGAGGAACUGAGAUGUUUUGAUGUUAUGGAAGACAAAAACAUGUUCAGAGGUAUUAUGUGUUUUCUAAUUUUCCAUCAUGUUUAAGAGUAAAUAAAAAACUAGUCGUUUCUAUUUUC